CGCCCGGCGAGCUGAACUGUGACGGCGCGUCACUGACUGCUUACUGAACCUCCUCACUCGCGACCAGUAUGGCGCCCAAGAACAAGGGAAAGAAGGGAAAGAAGGCCGCCGACGAUGACUACUGGGCCGAAGCCGGCGAGUCCGUCGAGCAGAACAACGUCGCGGUAGCGUUCGAUGACGCCGCCGAUGGAUCCGAUCAGAAGCUGGGCGCCAGCGGCUCUGCGUUUGCGGCUCUCGAUGACGGUGCAGCCGGCGCGGAGGAGGAGGAGGACUUUGGCGGGCUCAUGGUGCGUGAUCGGUGCGGUGUGUAGGGCUGAGGGGCUUAUACACACGGCAGUCCGCGAUCAAAGCGAGCAGCAAGAAGGAUAAGAAGGACAAGAAGAAGAAGAAGGGAGGCGCUGCUGCUGCCGACCUCGACGAGGAUGCGCCACCCGCGGAGGACGGCGAGGCCGCUGACGCGGCGGGUCCGAA